CUUUUGUUUUUAUAAUUCUGUCAAGUACAGUGCUAAAUAACAAUGGUUUACUUGUCUUGCAGUCGCGACCCUGAAUGGAAAAAGGAGUUUGUGCGCAACCUCAAUAUUGAAAACCCUCCGGCGACCGAGCAUUUCCCUCCCAUCGCGCUCUCUACGGUCGAUCUCAACGGCCGCCCAUCCGUUCGUAUGGUCUCCCCUAGGGGCUUCCUCGGCGACGGGUUCCUUAAAACCUCAGCAACAGACCAGCAGAACACCUGGACCUCAGAUAUCCUGACCCUCUGCACCCACGCACAAAGCAAUAAAGUCCAAGAAUUCCUAAACACGCCCGAUACGCAAUUAGUCUGCUGGCUGCCGCGCGCACAGGCGCAGAUUAGGUGUAGCGGCAGGGCGCAUCUGUUGUUUCAUCCAGAGAACCCCCUGUAUUCAACCCUGACUCUGGACCUGGAGCAUCGAGUGUGGCCCAGCAGACAAGACAACCGCAAGGAUGUGGCGGGGGAUCCUGUUCCUCCUGUGGUUGUUGAUCCGGAGUUUGUGCGUGAGCAGGCGUUCUUGCACCAUUCGCCCGGUAUACAGGCUUGGUACUCAUGGCCGGCGCCUGGGAGGGCGAGGGCGCUGGAUGACUCCCUUUAUCCAAAGAACCUGGAGAGGAUUGAGGAUUCCCUGGUGCGCGAUAGAUGCGAGGAGACUGCAAGGCGCAAUUAUGCCCUGGUUUUCAUCGACAUUGACCAUGUUGAUAUUGUGAAUUUGGGCCAGUCAACACGCAGAAUAUAUACGCGUCGCAGUGAUAACUCAUGGACGACAACCAACGUCAAUCCGUAAGAAAGAAGAAAAAAAAGCGUUUUCAUUUUUUUCUAGAAUAUAUAU